AGGACUUACAGUUCGACCUUGCUAUCAUGGAGGAGACAUUCUGGUUUCGGAAGACCGAUUAGCUGUGAAGUCACUUUGGCCUGAGAAUGAAGGCGUCACUUCUAUCCCCUACAAGAUCAACGAUUAUCUGGUGGACAGAAAGGUAACUAUACUAGCAGCGUUCAAGAUGAUUUCAGACCAGACGUGUAUCCUCUUCCACGAAUACACCAAUGAGAUGAACUACAUAGACAUCAUCUCUGGGACAGGCUGUGCGUCGUAUGUAGGUUUUCAGGGCGGGGCCCAGUCUCUGUACUUCGGUAGAGUCUGUAACGUGGGAACCUGUGCCAUGAGCUGA